UAGAUUGCUCAUCUGCUGUCGGCGGUCAGGUACUGUUCUGUAGCAGCGACGUCGUCUAUCAGUUAAAUUUCAUCAGGCUCUGCCCUGAAGCAGACUAGAGGGCCAUGGUGAGGAAGAGGCCAAACAUAUUGGUGACGGGCACACCAGGAACGGGGAAGACAACAACAUCGUCCGCCUUAGCAGAGGCAACACAGCUCCACCACAUCAACGUCGGUGAUUUGGUGAAGGCCAAGAAUCUCCAUGAUGGGUGGGAUGAUGAGCUAGACUGUUACAUCAUCAAUGAAGACCUGGUAUGCGAUGAGCUUGAGGAUACAAUGGAAGAAGGAGGUAACAUAGUGGACUACCAUGGUUGCGAUUUCUUCCCUGAGAGAUGGUUUGAUCUUGUGGUUGUGCUCCAAACUGACAACACUGUCUUGUAUGAUCGCUUGACUCGAAGAGGUUAUUCAGAGUCAAAGCUCUCCAACAAUAUUGAAUGUGAAAUAUUUCAAACUCUGCUUGAGGAGGCAAAGGAGAGCUACCCGCAAGAUAUCGUUCUUCCCUUAAAGAGUGAUAGCAUUCAAGACAUUUCGACUAAUCUUUCUACUUUGACGGAAUGGAUCAGGAGGUGGCAACCAUCAACUUAGUUUCCCAUGAUACAGUUUUGCUUGAAGGUGCUUGUUGUUUAAGUUGGGUCACGCUUUUGAGAUGAAUUUUUCAUGUAU